UGAGCUCACAGCGAGAUAGCGCAUGGCGAUAACGCCCGAUUCCGAUCCGCCGGCAGUUUUAUUUCAGCACAAUGCCGAAUCGCCCGACGCGGAAGAUAGAGCCAAGCACUCUCCUGCGCCACUUCCUGACCUUCUGGCUGAUCUUCCUGGCACACCGGCACAUUGUCGAUGCCAUGCGAUGCAAGAUUCCCUACGAGAGGGUCCAGGAAAAUUACUGCUACUUUGUGGCGGAUGAGGAACCGCUGCACACAUCGUUCCACAAUUUCUGCUACCAGGACAAGAGGACGUCCCGCGUUUGCGUGGACAGCGAGGAGGAAAUGCGAUUCCUGGCUCAGCACCUGCACGAAAUGGGCUAUCCGGAUGGCACCAAGUUCUGGAGCGCCGGCCACCGUUGGCCGUUGGACAAUCGCUUCUAUUGGAACUACUUUGGGCGAGCUCGGCCCAUGAACUACUCGAACUGGGCUGAAGAGGAGCCCACGCCCCAAAUGGGUCGCAAUUGCCUGAUCCUGACGCUUAGCGGGGACGAGCUGGUGAUGAGCAGCGAGUCCUGCUACACGCGGGCUGUCGACAUUUGUGAGCAAUCAUUGGCGGACAGCGACUCGCGAUCCGUAAUCCACUAAUCGGCGGAUUUAAGCCAAUAUAACUACAUGUGUACCUACUUAUUUCGCACACAUUUAGGGCUGCUAAAAUACUUAAUAAUUAACUAUUAAUUUGAAUAAUAAUAGAUAAUAAUAAUUAGAAUAUAAUGUGGAAUAUCUUGAAUCUGUUUUAUAUCUCAUAGUUUCAUAAAGUUUGCAAACCUUAUCGAUCAAUCACACUUUGUUUAUAAAUUUGUAGGAAUCACAAAGUAUUCAGUAUAUAAAAAGUUUUUAUAUAAUCCAAAUCAGGGAUGACAAAAGAUGAUGAAAUCGUUAAAAAAAUAAAAAUGUUAUGCGAAUAUAAAAAAA